AUGAGCAGUGUGGAUCUGAAGCCUUCGAAACUUGGAACAAAGGAACACUGGGAUCAGGUUUAUGAAGAGGAGCUCGCCAAUUUCGCAGAGAACGGCGAUGAAGGAGAAAUAUGGUUUGGGCAAGAAAGCAUAGAAAAGAUGGUAGACUGGGCUUUGGAGCACGUCCCGCCAAGCAGAAACCCAUCUAUCUUGGAGAUUGGCAGCGGAAACGGAACAUUACUCUUUGCAUUGGCAGAGAACGGCUAUGAUGCCGCCAGGAUUGCUGGGAUAGACUAUAGCCCCGAUGCUGUCAAGCUGUCGAAGGCAAUUGCCUCUUCCAAGAAUAAGGGGGACAUCGCAUUAAACCUGUGCGAUUUUCUCAACGAAGUCCCGCCGUCAAUUGAUGCUACCGAUGCGUGGGACCUGCUCAUGGACAAAGGGACGUUUGACGCCAUCGCUCUGAUGGAACGCAAACCCGACGGGACGAUACCAAGGUCGAAAUAUUCAAAGAGAGUGGCUAGUAUACUCAAACCCGGAGGACAUUUCCUUAUAACAUCCUGUAACUUCACGGAGGAAGAGUUGAAGACUGAGUUUCUGGUCGCUGAAACAGGCCUAGAGUACCACUCUAGGAUUCAACAUCCCACGUUCACUUAUGGUGGCAAGACAGGUAGCAUCGUCUCAACUGUCGCGUUCCGAAAACGCUCGUAA